AUGCACAGUGAUCCGUACUGAUCAACUAUCGGAUCCCAAGGCACCGUAAUGGAAGCCCCGUUAGUUGUUUCUUCACCUCCUUCAACUCCUCCGUCGACAGCUUCUACUCUUCCUGUUAGCUGCAGAGAAACGCGCUGAAAAACUUCUUCCUCGCCGUCGCCGGAGUGAUUGUCGGAUCGGAUCCACCUCUUCUUCGCCGCCUCUUUUUUUCUGAUCCGCUGCGAUUAGAGAGGUGACAGAAACUCGCUGGUACACGCUAGAACUUCCACGUUGCAAAGACUUCCCUCUGGGAAAUCGCUUCAUACCUGUUCCACAAGAAGUAAAUUACAUUAAGAAUUAGGAUGUACUGCCAACUUCGCCUCGCCCUAUAAAGCUUUUUAAAAUAGUAUAGGAAUUAUACUUGAGUUUUUUUUUUUCACAUUUCCUUCGUUGAAAUUCAUACCAGCUACCAUGUAGUUAGAGGAGAUUCGACGUUUCAUGAUCACACAGUUUAAAACCUCAAAGCAUUGCCAUGCUAAUAAUUUCCUAUUUCAGUUGUUUGUCUCUGCCCAAGAUAGCUGUUAAGUUUCCCAUCUUCAGUUGAAUUGCUAGUUCUUUGCGUAGCUUCUAAAUUAUUCAUGUUCUACUUUCCCUAAAUUUUAAAACUAGGUUAAUCUUAAAAUAGUUUCUGUAGGAGUUGCUAUUGCAUGACUUCAAGUCUAAAUAUAAAUAUAAUCUUAAAACUGGAUAUUUAGAAGCUAAAUAAAAUAUAGAUGUUUGUGCUGAAGCCUAUCAUCUUAAGUAAUGAAGAACAGUAAGGAAUGUCUAGGUGACCAAACAAACUAAUUGUGGCAGAUUGAAUAUGUACAAAAAACAAGUAAUUUUGUAGAAAUGAAGUUAUCAUAAUCUCAGUUGUUCAGAGUGAAAAUGAUUGCAGAGUUUGACAAAAUGCGACAUAAUUAUUUUUCCCAAACAAGCUUAUAACUAUUUCUACUAUUUCAAGAUGAGGAAGUGGACGAUAUGAAAUAAUACCAUAUGAAGUCAAACUUAUGCAUAGAAGAAAGUGCUUGCAUAAAAAAUCAUGUGCUGUUAGUAAUGGUAAGGUCCCAAUAAUCUUAUAGUAAAUCUGAAUGCAGUCACUAACUAAUCAUCUAAAUGAACAUAAAUGAAAAUGAAAAUGACAAUGUAACAAAUUUGGCAGUCGCUUAAUUAAGGAAAUGCAUGAUAUUACCCUAAGAGGAUAUUAUUAAUAAAGGAGAUUGGUUUUAAGAGUUAAAUAAAAUCCGAAAAAAUAAAAAAAAAAAAAACUUAAAACAGACACCAUCGCCGUCGCAUUCGCGGCCCCGGCAUAUCUCUGCCUUUCCUCCUCGGCAUCGGCACCUCUGUUGUCCUCCGCAACACCAUCGCCGACGGCAUUCGCGGCCCCGCUUUCCUUGUCUUCAUGGGCGUCACUCUGUCCAUCACCGCCUUCCCUGUACUUGCUUGAAUCCUCGCCGAGCUCAAGCUUCUCACCACCGACAUAGGCCGCAUGGCCAUGUCUGCCGCUGCUGUCAACGACGUUGCCGCCUGGAUCCUCCUCGCUCUCGCCAUUGCCCUUUCAGGCUCUCGAUCGCCACUUGUAUCCCUUUGGGUACUCGUCACCGCCGCUGCCUUUGUCGCCAUUGCAGCCUUGGUUAUUCGCCCUGUUCUGGCGCGGAUGGCUCGUCGCUCACUGGAAGGGGAACCGGUUAAGGAAGUUUAUAUCUGCGCCACCCUCACCACCGUCCUCGUCGCUGGCUUCAUUACAGACACCAUUGGAAUACAUGCUCUGUUCGGGGCCUUUAUGGUGGGGAAUGUGAUGCCAAAGGAAGGACCUUUCGCUGGUGUUCUUAUCGAGAAAGUCGAAGACUUAAUCUCCGGCCUCUUCCUGCCCCUCUACUUCGUCUCCAGCGGCCUCAAAACUAACGUCGCCACCAAAAGCAAUGGAAAGUCCUGGGCGCUUCUUGUUCUAGUCAUCUUCAACGCAUGUCUGGGCAAGAUCGGUGGCACAAUCCUCGCUUCCCUCGUUGUGAAAAUCCCCUUUCGCGAGGCCCUCACUCUCGGCUUCCUCAUGAACACCAAGGUGCAGGACCCACAAUUAUUUUCUCCCCACUUAAGGAGUCGUGCCGUAUGAGGGGGGAUUCAUGGUUCUUCUUUCUGUGCAUAUUGAAGAUUCGCAAAUGCAAGAUCGAAUAUUGAUGAAUGUUUAAUUAAAAUAUUGAAUUCUGU